AUGUCGUCGCUCACUGUUCCGAAGACUUUCUCCGAGCGUUUGGACAAGAAAACGGCGUUGAAGAAGCCACUGCGUAAUCCGGAGUCUCCCGAUUGGUUCUCGUAAGUCAGUUUGUAUUUUCUUCUACUUUUAGGUGUUUAUCAUCUUCAUAAAUUUAACGAAGACAUUGCAUUUACUUGUUUCAGUCGGAGCGUGAAUGAGAAAUCGAAGAGCGAGCUUGCCUGGGCGGCUCCAUACGAUGCCCGAUUCCCUCAAGUACGCAAACAGCGUCAAUGCUUCGCCUAUUACGUCGAUUUCCAUCGUUGUCAAGAGCUGAUGGGCAAGGAUUACAAGCCCUGUGUGUUCUUCAAGAACGUCUACUCAGACAUCUGCCCCAAGUUCUGGGUUGCCAAAUGGGAAGAACUCCGUUCCGAUGGCCGUUUCCCCGCCCGUUUCGAUCGCUAG